AUGGAAGCUGCGGCGAAACAGGUCCGACUCCUCACGCAGCGCAUCUUACCAGAGCACCCACACCAUCUUUCCUAUAGCCCCGACAAGCGCUAUCGAGCGGUUCCCGAUGCUAAAGGCUUUGAGGAACAAAUCCAUCGCGGCCUUCAGUAUAUGACCUUUGUUUCCGACGGUGAUCGCGGGGUCCUCCUCACGCGACCCUAUUAUGAGAUGCGCGAAGAACCUCCUGUCCCCGAAGCGCAGGCCGCCGCAACCCCAUCAAUACCCGGGUCCAAGGAUUCGCUUCUAAGCGCGAGACGAGACGCGCCUCCGAACCAGACGAACGACCGAAGUCCACGGCCCGAGCACCGACAGGCGACGACGACGUCAUCUAGCGCGAAUAGUUCCGCGAAUAAACUCGCGCCCCCUUCUUCGUCUUCGAAAACGGGCGUCCCGCCGUUACUAUCGCCCCUUCACCUCUCAUUCAACGACUCCCAAUCCUCCGUGUCCAAGAAGACCGAGAAGGCUGAGAAGACGGAUCGGAGCGAGAAGGCGGAAAAGGCGCCUCGAAGGGAGGAAAAGUCUGACCACCACCAUGCGAUGGCGAAGAGUAGAUCGGCAGACCGCCCGCCGCCCCUGCUAAAGAAGACGAGCCCAUCUUACUCCAUACCACCGUUAUUAUCCCCCACGCUACCACCAAUCAUCGAGGCGGAGCUCCUGCGGCGGAAGAAAGCGUCGCCCAAGGAGUAUGAUCUCCCGUCCCCGGAGCCCGUAAAGGAGCCCAUAAAACCGAUUAAGAAGAGUACGGCGAGCAAGCCCGAGAGGGAUCGGUUCAUUGUCACGCUUAGGUUCUCCAAGAAACUAGGCAAGGGAAUCCAGCGGCUUAUGGCACUACCUGGCAAGAAUGAGAGGUCUGGCAGCAUGGAUCCCCCUUCACAAUCCCAGGCAUCGAAGAAGCGACCGAUCCCUACAAGCCAUGUGAGCGAGGCCGCCAGCGCCAUCCACACCCUCAAGAUCGUCCGCCGGGAUAUCGCACUGAAUAAGUUGAGGCACCUCUCUGACCGUUACGGUAGCUUUGGCAAGAAGCUGAAGCGAGCGCGCGACGGCAUCUUCAAGAGCUUCAACAUCAACAGCGCGGCGGCGGCACAACAAAUACCCGAGUCGGACCAGAAGCUCGCUGUUGUAACGGGCAUUGAGGCGAUUUUGGCCUUCAUGGUAGGGUUCAAGGCACUUUGCGAGAUACGGCGGGCGGAACGUAAAACGCCAGAUCCUACGCCGUGGAAGAGCCUGCUGCCAAUGGUUGGGGAGCUGCAGCGGCACGCACGGGCGUACCACUUCGUCCACACGCUGCUCUGGAUGCUGCAGGACACCAUCCUGCAAGAGAUCUUGGCGUGCUAUUACCUCAUGGACCUGCGCAUCCCGGCUAACGCGCAGGAGGUACAGCGUAUGGGCGGGCUCCAGGUUAGCUACCGGCGGCAGCUGCCGGCGCUCUACAGGCAGGUGGAGGAAGAGGAGGGCGGCUACGACCUCAGGCUGCCGGCGCUAAACCCAGGCGUGUCGGUCGAGGAGAUUGUCUACCAGUCCCUCAGGGCUGCGAAAAGCUGGGCCGACGGCGAGGACGUCGACUGGCAGGCGACUCUAUCAGGCGAAGAGGUCCUUGCGGGGAACUAG